AUGAGUGAAAUCAAUGAGUCCCUGAUAGAAGCUCCGCUGAAAGCCUUACUUGAAGAUGUAUUAUUCUGCUUGGAAGGCUAUUUGGAGGGUUAGAGUGACUUGAAAUUAAUUGAAAAUCAAUUAAAAGAUUAUGAUACAUUACCAGGACUAGUUAAAAUCAUAGCCAAUGUAUUCAAGACUUUGAUGAAGAAAGUCGAGAAAAAAAUCUCCCUUCUGAAACUUAAUCCUAAUGAUAAUAGUUCUAAUCGAAGCUAUCAUGCAGAAGAGGAGUAUGAUAAAUUAGAAUAGAUUAUAUAAAAAUAUGAAGCCGAGAUCAGAGGACACAUUAGCUUCUUUUAGAUCGAAUAAUAGCUUAAACUUUAUAAUGACAGUUUGUUGUAGAAGAUAGAAGACCUAGAAAAGUCCCAAAAUGAAACAAUAGAAUAAUUAAAUAAAAAAAUUUAUGACUUAAAAAAGGAUCUCGGAAAAUCCACAGAGAGCCAUCGAUAGUUAAUAAAGGAGAAUCAAUAAUUACGAGAAUCUGUAGAUCACUAACACAUUGUACAUACAGAUAGUGAAGUCAACGGUAGAAUGAAAGAUAAAAAGUAAUUUGAGAUAAAUUUAUUAGUUUUGUCAUUCAGACCACAAAUUAAGAAGAGCUGA